CCACUUGUGUGUUUCACAUUCACCCGCUGUCACCUAUUACGCUAUCGACAAACACAUUUUAUAGACUGGGCUAAACCUUUAAUAGCUCCAUGUGCUAAACGAAUUUGAUAUCAAUAACAAAGUUACCCACUAAAUAAAGUGGCGUAUAUAGUUGUAGUUAUGAAGCGUGUAACGUUAUAAUCUCCUCUCCUCGAAAACUUCGAGGAAGAACCUGUUCUUGGAUGAACUGGGAACUUCUUCACAAUGACGAAGAACACCCCCUCCCAGCCACAACCACAUGGAGCUGUCUGCCCCCCCUCUCCUCCUCCUCCUCCUCCUCCUCCUCGUCUCCCCUCCACCCUGCGCCAGCGACCAGCCCGGCCCCCCCACGCCUCCGGAGCCCUCCCGCCUGCAGGGGUCCGCCCCGGUGGUGACGGGCCGUCCGUUCGUGGUGGUCUGGAACAUGCCCACCGCCCACUGUGAGACCCUCUACGGGGUGCAGCUCAACCUGGAGGUCUUUGACAUCGUGGUGAACCCCCGACAGCACUUUGACGGACAGAACAUGACCAUCUUCUACCGCGACCGCCUGGGGCUGUACCCCUUCUUGUCCCGCUACGGCGCCAGGGUCAACGGCGGCCUGCCGCAGAGCGCCGACCUGGGGGCCCACUUGGCCCUCGCCGGGGGCCAGAUCUCCCGCCGGCUGCGCCCCGACUUCGCGGGGCUGGCUGUCAUCGACUGGGAGGAAUGGCGCCCGCUGUGGGCGCGCAACUUCGACUCCAAGAAGGUGUACCGCCGGCGGUCAGUGAAGCAGGUGCGGGAGACGCGGCCCGACCUGAAGGGGGCGAAGGAGGUGACGGAGGAGGCCAGGAGGGAGUUUGAGGACGGGGCGCGCCGGAUGAUGGGGGAGACCCUGCGCCUGGGGGUCACGGAGCGGCCAGGCGGGCUCUGGGGGUACUACGGGUUCCCCGCCUGCUACAACGAUCCACAGAAUAAACCCAGAGGGGCUAACUACACGGGGGAGUGCCACCUGGGGACCAGCCGGCUGAAUGACAGGCUGGACUGGCUGUGGAGGGAGUCCACCGCCCUGUACCCCAGCAUCUACCUGCCCCAGAGGCUGGCUGGGGCCCCGGAGUCUGCGCUCAUGGUCCGACACAGAGUGCUUGAGGCUCUGAGGGUGGGCUCCAUCUGGCGUCAUGACAACACCUCGAAGGCCACGCCCGUCCUCCCUUACGCCAGGCUGGCCUUCACGCACACACUCGACUUCCUCAGCGUGGCGGACCUACAUCAUACCCUCGGGGAGGCUGCAGCUCUGGGGGCGGCUGGAGUUGUGCUGUGGGGAGAGCUGGAGUUCGCCAGGUCAAAGGACCAGUGUGUGCUCCUGAGGGACUACCUGCACGGCACGCUGGGCCGAUACGUCCGCAAGCUCCGCAAGCGAACCCACCGCUGCAGCCAGCGCCGUUGUCACGGCAACGGGCGCUGUGCCAGGCGCCGGCCGGCCGUCGGUCACAUGGUCCGCGACGAGACGUCCGGCGAGCACGGCCAGUCGUUGUUCGCGAAGCACUUCCUGUGCCACUGUUACCACGGCUGGGGCGGCCAUCGUUGUGGAGAGAGCACGAAGUAGGAGCGCUCCAGAUGACAGUUUAGGACCGAACACCGCUCUGGUUGGGCCGUCGUCAUCGAUGAAACUUAAAGGUGACAUAUUAUACCACCAGGUGUCAGUGUGACUAGCCGUUACAAGCCGUUUAGAAAACGGCUU